CAGAGACGCACAGCUGGUGGCUGCAUCUGCACAGAUGUGGACAACUGGAUCUUGUUCACACUCGGACAGAGGAAGGUUCCUGAGUAAGCAGGGUGAGGUCACACCCCCUUCAGCCUGACGCAGACAAGGAGCUGAAGGGAGAUCGCUGAGACCCCCUGCUGCCACCAUGAGCUCAGAAACCUUCGGACACUGCUCAGAUAUUGAGAUCUUUUUUGAAGACGUCGUUGAAUGUCUCUGGGACACACUGAGCAGAGAUGAACUGCUGAGCCUGCUGAAUGAAUUCCUGGAGAGAAUUAAGGCUGAGGCCAAUUUGUCCAGGGAAGACGCAGAUGAACUACACACAUAUCUGAACGAAUUGCAAAGAGCCUUGGGUGAGGAGGGCCUACAAAGACUCCCCAAAGAGCAGCUGGACAGGAGGAGGUUUCUGAAUAAGUUUCCUCGGAUGAAACGGCAGCUGGAGGAGUUCAUAGGCAAGUUACAUGAGCUCGCAGACAAGGUUGAGAAGGUCCAUAAGGGAUGUACCAUCUCCAACGUGAUGGCCCACAGCACCGGUGCUGUGUCUAGUAUUCUGACCAUCAUUGGCCUGGCUCUGGCACCCGUGACAAUGGGGGCCAGUGUGGUGCUCUUGGGCACUGGGAUAGGGCUGGGAGCAGCAGCUGCUGUGACCAGUGUGUCCACCAGUAUCAUCGAACAUGUGAAGAGGUCAUCAGCAGAGACCGAAGCCAGUCGCAUGAUGUCAACUGUCAUCAAGAAAUGGAAGGUUCUCCUAGAGGUACUCAAGAGCAACCCCCACACUGUUGACACAACAGAGAAAGUCACAGAAGCUGAACAGUGCAUUGAAAUGCACAUCCAUGCCCUGGAGACAGGCAAUGCCAACCCUGGCUCUGCAGCCAAUGCAAGCGUCUACAUGAGCCCUGGGAGGAUCUCAGUCCCAGCCAUCCAGCAGAUAGAGGCAGGUUUCAAAGCCACAGCUUCAGCAAUUGCCAAAGGAGCCCGGAUCGCGGGCUUGGCCACUGCAGGGGUGCUCCUCCUGGUGGAUGUGGGCUUUCUGGUGAAGGAGUCAAUGCACCUGCACGAUGGUGCCAAGACAGUAGCAGCUGACAGCUUGAGGCAGCGGGCCUGGGAGCUGGAGAGGAAGCUGGAGGAGCUCACCCAGAUCUAUGAGAGUCUGCAGGAGGACCUGAUUUGGCCACCCCCAGAGCAGUGCAGGGUCCGGGACAUGUGAGGGGCUAAAGUGCAGAGGUACCUUGUUAGAGGGAAGGAGAGGGAGACCACAUUAAAGAAGCUGGGUGUUAGGAAUUUGGCAUUUCUGUGGUUGAGCACAGCAGGGAAGGGGUGGAUGUAGGUGAUAGAUGAGGAGAGAGAAGGAAGGGGCCUGGAUUAAAGGAGGAGGGAGACCAGAGAAUGCGAGGCGGGAAGAAACCACUGUUUUUCAUACUGAGAACUUUUUAUUUUGUAUUGGGGUAUAUCCGAUUAACAAUUCUGUGAUAGUUUCAUGUGAACAGCAAAGGGACUCAGCCACUCAUAUACACGUAUCCAUCCUCCCCCAAACUCCCCUCCCAUCAGAAACCACUUACUUUGGACUAAAGACGACACUGGAGGUGGAAUAAAGGCAGAGACAGGCGAACUAGCAGUGAGAGGCCAGGUGUUCAAAGGCAUUGAAAGUGGGAGAAAGUCAGUCAGGGUUGUUGGGAUCCAGAAGUAGCAGGGGCUCCUCUCUCGCCCUCCACAGGCUGUGAUGUCCCAGCAAGAAGAGUCUUCCCCUGGUGCUGGUCUCUAGACCUCUCCUCCAACAUCAACUCACCUUUGGCCCUAGCUGAUGUGUCUUAUUUAGGC